AUGACCCUGCGGCGGCUGCGGCGGCUCCGGCCGAAGGAGGAGGAUGCGGCGGCGGCGGCCCCGGAGCGCCCCGGCCCCGCCGACGUCUACCGGGCGCUGGCGGCUGCCGGCGGCACCCUGCCCCGGGUGCGCAAGGGCGCGGGGCUCAGGUGGGCGUCCCCGAGCCAGUCCCCAGAGGAGCACAGGAGGGUGGUGACGCUGGAGAAGAAGGCGGAAGAGACCUUCGGCUUCGAGAUCCAGACCUACGGGCUGCACCACCAGGACAGGAACAGCGUGGAGAUGUUCACCUUCGUGUGCCGCGUGCACGGCGGGAGCCCGGCCGAGGCGGCGGGACUCAAGGCCGGGGACACAAUCACAGGGGUGAACGGGCUGAACGUGGAGGGCAUCCGGCACCGCGAGAUCGUGGAGAUCAUCAAGAGUUCGGGCAAUAUGCUCCGGCUCGACACACUCUACGGGACAUCCAUCCGGAGGGCCGAGCUGGAGGCCCGGCUGCAGUACCUGAAGCAAACACUCUACGAGAAGUGGGGGGAGUACCGCUCGCUGAUGGUGCAGGAGCAGCGGCUGGUGCGGGGUGUGGUGGCCAAGGACCCCAGCAUCUACGACACGCUGGAGUCGAUCCGCUGGUGCCUGCAGGGUGAGGGGGGGCUCCCCGGUGGCUCCCCCCAUGCCAGCGCCUGUGGCAGCGAUGACUCCCUCUACCAAACCUGCCUCUUUGCCUCCGCCGACUCGCUGGACCGGGACAAGGAUGGGGACAAGGAUGGGGACAAGGAUGGGGACAAGGAUGGGGACAGCGGAGGUCCCGCGCCCCCUCCACCACGACCCCGGCCGGCCUUGGCCCGCAGCGCCAGCCUCAAGUGCGGCGGGGGGCCGGGGGCCGCGGGGCGGCUGUGGGCCCGGGCCGGGGACCCCGGGGAGGGGGCGGCCGCCCCCCGCAAGGGCCGGCACAGCAGCUUCCGCCGGCGGCUGCUCAAGUUCAUCCCGGGACUGAACCGGGCGCUGGAGGAGGAGGAGAGCCACCUCUAG